AUGAGGGUGCAGAAAAGAGAGUACAAGGAAGGGUGCCUCAGUUCAGGGACAAAGCAGAAAUUCCAGAAAUCCCAGAAUCCUGGGGGACCUCGGAGGGCCUACAAUGGGAGGGCUCAGCCUGGCUACGCCGCCAGAGGGCUCACUCGGCCAAACCGGCUGUUGGGCGUCCGUCGGGGGGCGCUGUCCUUGUCCUGCCCUGUGCCCCGCCCUGCGCGCGGUUCUCUUGUCUUUUCUUUGCCUCUGCUGCGGGCCGAGGGGGCGGGCCCUGCAGCCUUUGUUGCCGGCGGACCUAGCACAGCCGCCUGCUCCUUUAGAGUACGCCGAGGGCUGCUGCACGCGGCCAGGCAUGUCUUGACCAGAAUUCGGGACCGGGCAGUGAUCGGACGGGACGGACGAGAGUCCUCGGUUUACCGGGUCUCAACUCUGCAGACCCCUCGCCGGCCUGGCUCUACCUGGAGCUGGUCGUGCCCUCUUAAUAUUAGGGACCAGGGAGAGGACGAGGGAGCGAAACUGCGCCGCCGGGUAAAGCGCGCCUUUCCCGGGUUGUCCUUGUCGGAGGGGCUGGACAGAGCGCAGUUUAUCACCCUCCUCAGCUUGCCCCGUCUGGAAAAAGACCUGGCCAGCACGCUGAGGGUGGUGGUCGUUUUGACCAAUAAGAUCUCUACCAGAGGUCAUGUCUCUGAGAGCCGGGCAGCGCUGGACGUUGUGCACCCAGUGCGUGUGGAUGCAGGGGGCUCCUUCCUGUCCUAUGAGCUGUGGCCCCGCAAGCUGCGCAAACGGGACGUGUCUGCUCGGCACAAUGUGCCAGCCUUCUAUGAGCUGCUGUAUCGUGGGCGAGAGCUGCGCUUCAACCUGACCACCAACCGGCACCUAUUGGCACCUGGCUUUGUGACUGAAACACGGCGGCAUGGUGGCCUGGGCCGUGCACACAUCCAGGCCUACGCCCCUGCAUGCCACCUGCUUGGUGAGGUGCAGGAUCCUGAGCUCGAGGGUGGCGUGGCGGCCAUCAGUGCCUGCCAUGGCCUGAAAGGUGUGUUCCAGCUCUCUAAUGAGGACUACUUCAUUGAGCCUCUGGACAGUGCUCCAGCCCGGCCUGGCCAGGCCCAGCCCCAUGUGGUAUACAAGCGCCAAGCACCUGAGAGGCGAGCAGAGCAGGGUGUUUCCAGGGCUCCGGGCACCUGUGGAGUGCAAGCAUCCCUGGAGCUGGAGUCUCGGCGGGAGCGCUGGGAGCAGCGGCAGCAGUGGCGGAGGCAGCGGCCAAAGCGUCUUCACCAGCGUUCGGUCAGCAAGGAGAAGUGGGUGGAGACCCUGGUGGUAGCUGACCCCAAAAUGGUGGAAUACCAUGGGCAGCCACAUGUUGAGAACUAUGUGCUGACCAUCAUGAACAUGGUGACUGGCCUGUUUCAUGACCCCAGCAUUGGGAACCCCAUCCAUAUCACCAUCGUGCGCCUGAUCCUGCUGGAAGAGGAGGAGGAGGACCUAAAGAUUACACACCAUGCAGACAACACCCUGAGGAGCUUCUGCAAGUGGCAGAAGAGCAUCAACAUGAAGGGAGACACCCAUCCUCUGCACCACGACACCGCCAUCCUGCUCACCAGGAAGGACCUGUGUGCAGCCAUGAACCGGCCCUGCGAGACCCUGGGCCUGUCCCAUGUGGCAGGCAUGUGCCAGCCACACCGCAGCUGCAACAUCAAUGAGGACACGGGCCUGCCCUUGGCCUUCACCGUGGCCCAUGAGCUCGGGCACAGUUUUGGCAUUCAGCAUGACGGAAGCGGCAAUGACUGUGAGCCCGUUGGGAAACGGCCUUUCAUCAUGUCUCCACAGCUCCUGUACGACGCCGCCCCCCUCACCUGGUCCCGCUGUAGCCGCGAGUACAUCACCAGGUUCCUUGACCGUGGGUGGGGCCUGUGCCUGGAUGACCCUCCCACCAAGGAUGUCAUUGACUUCCCCUCGGUGCCACCUGGUGUUCUCUAUGAUGUGAGCCAUCAAUGCCGCCUACAGUAUGGGGCCUACUCCGCUUUCUGUGAUGACAUGGAUAAUGUCUGCCAUACUCUUUGGUGCUCCGUGGGGAUCACUUGUCACUCUAAGCUGGAUGCAGCAGUGGAUGGCACCAGAUGUGGGGAGAGUAAGUGGUGUCUCAAUGGGGAGUGUGUUCCUGUGGGCUUCCGACCCGAGGCUGUGGAUGGCGGCUGGUCUGGUUGGAGUGCCUGGUCUGUCUGCUCACGGAGUUGUGGUGUGGGUGUGCAGAGCGCCGAGCGUCAGUGUACACAGCCUUUGCCCAAAUACAAGGGCAAAUACUGUGUGGGCGAGCGUAAGCGCUUCCGCCUCUGCAACCUUCAGGCCUGUCCGCCUGGCCACCCCUCCUUCCGCCACGUCCAGUGCAGCCGCUUUGAUGCUAUGCUUUACAAGGGCCAGCUACAUACCUGGGUUCCGGUGGUCAAUGAUGUGAAUCCCUGUGAGCUGCAUUGCCGGCCCUCGAAUGAGUACUUUGCUGAGAAACUGCGGGACGCCGUGGUCGACGGCACCCCCUGCUACCAGGGCCAGGCCAGCCGUGACCUCUGCAUCAACGGCAUCUGCAAGAAUGUCGGCUGUGACUUUGAGAUCGACUCGGGUGCCACAGAGGACCGCUGCGGUGUGUGCCACGGCAAUGGUUCCACCUGCCACACUGUGAGCGGGACCUUUGAGGAGGCUGAGGGCCUUGGAUAUGUGGAUGUGGGUCUGAUCCCAGCUGGUGCACGUGAGAUCCGCAUUGAGGAGGUGGCUGAGGCCGCCAACUUCCUGGCCCUGCGGAGUGAGGACCCGAAUAAGUACUUUCUCAACGGCGGCUGGACCAUCCAGUGGAACGGGGACUACCAGGUGGCGGGCACCACCUUCACAUAUGCACGCACAGGCAACUGGGAGAACCUCACGUCCCCAGGCCCCACUGCCGAGCCUGUCUGGAUCCAGCUACUCUUCCAGGAGAGCAACCCUGGGGUGCGCUAUGAAUACACCAUCCAUAGGGAAGUGGAUGGCCAAGGCGAGAUCCAGCCGCCCGAGUUCUCCUGGCACUAUGGGCCCUGGACCAAGUGCACAGUCACCUGUGGCACAGGUAUGCAGAGGCAGAGUGUGUACUGUGCUGAGCGUCAAGCUGGGCCUGUGGACGAGGGGCACUGUGACCCCCUGGACAGGCCUGAUGACCAUCAGAGGAAGUGUAGUGAGGACCCUUGCCCAGCUCGGUGGUGGGCAGGCGAGUGGCAGCCAUGCUCCCGCUCCUGUGGGCCUGGGGGCAUCUCCCGCCGGACAGUGCUCUGCAUCCGCAGCGUGGGGCUGGACGAGCAGAGUGCCCUGGAGCUACCUGCUUGUGAACACCUCUCCCGGCCUCCCACCGAAACCCCUUGCAACCGUGACGUGCUCUGUCCUGCCACCUGGGCAGUGGGGAACUGGUCUCAGUGCCCGGUGACGUGUGGGGUGGGCACUCACCACCGAAGUGUCGUCUGCACCAAUGACACUGGUAUCCCCUGUGAUGAGGCCCAGCGGCCAGCAAGUGAGGCCGCCUGCACUCUGCCUCCCUGCCUGAGGCCCCUGGACAUGCUGGGCCCAGAAGGUUCAGGCAGUGGUGCCUCCAGCCGAGAGCUCUUCAAUGAGGUGGAAUUCAUCCCCCGCCGCCUGGCCCCACGCCCUGUGCCCUCCUCAACACCUGAGCCAGCGAGCAUGGGCAAUGCCAUUGCAGAGGAGGACCUGGAGCCUGGCCCUGCGGGGCCCGUGUUUGUCGACGACUUCUACUAUGACUAUAAUUUCAUUAACUUCCACGAGGACCUGUCCUAUGAGCCCCUUGAGGAACCAGACCCAAAUCUGGCAGGCACAGGGGAACACGUGCCCCCACCCCCAAGCAGUCCUGCUGAGCUCCCCAUGAGCACCCCACUACCUGCGAUAGAGCCUCCUGGGGCUGAAGAGGAGGGAGGACUGGGAGAUUGGUCCCCUACCCCUUGGCCUAGCCAGGCAAGCCACUCCUUGCCCCCACCCUUAGAGCAGGCCCCAGGGAACCCCUUGGCCAAUUUCUUGUCUGAAGAAGAGGCCCCAAUCAGGGCCCCGGACCUUGGGCUCCCUAGCUUGCCCUGGCCCCCUCCUUCAGUUGGUGGCAUGGGGAUGCCUGUUGCCCCUGGGAGCCAGAAUGAAUUCCUAGAGGGGGAGGAUAGCCAGAGCCAGCCGCCCCCUCUGUGGUGGGAGAGGACCAAUGAGGUUUCUGAGGAUGAAGAAGAGGCUCUAGGCCACAGAGCACCCCCUGUGCCCCAGAGACCCCACUCCACCCUGCCCCCUUUUCCCUCUAUCAAUACCACCCACUCUUCUCCUACUCCUGAGGUACUGGAGCUGUGGACACAAGGGACUAUGGCCUGGGACCCAGCUACAGAGGGUGGCCUGGGGGCUGUGGACAGUGAGCGAUGGCUUGACAUUGUGGGAGCGGCUCUCCCUCCCGCUCCUCCCACAGCCACUCUGCCAGAGACCCUGGUCAGCAACAGCUCCCUAGAGCCGGAGACUCCCACCCUUUCAGCGACAGGACUGGCUUCACGGGAGCUGCAGACACCGGCAAUGUUAGGGGCCUUCCUUCCGACCGCUUUGUCUGGCCUAGAGGAAACACCCUGGGUGACCACCCUGAGCCCCAGGACCACAGGCCAGCCUAAGCCCCCUGGCCCCGAGGCGCCCCCGAGUACUGUGCUGCUGUCCAUGCCAACUCUGGACAGUCUUGCCAGCAGCAGCAGAGCCCCUGCGACCCAGCCUCUGGACCCCCACCCGGCCGAUGAAGAAAGGCAUCCCACAAAUCUGCCUGCUGCCAAGAAUGCCAGCUGGGAAGUGGGGAACUGGAGUGAGUGCUCCACCACCUGUGGGUUGGGUGCUGUCUGGAGACCUGUGCGCUGCAGCUCUGGCCAGGAGGAGGACUGUGCCCCUGCUGGCAGGCCCCAGCCUGCUCGCCGCUGCCACCUGCGGCCCUGUGCCAUGUGGCACACAGGCAACUGGAGUAAGUGUUCCCGCAGCUGUGGUGGAGGUGCCUCAGUGCGGGAUGUGCAAUGUGUGGACACGAGGGACCUCCGGCCACUGCGGCCCUUCCACUGCCAGCCCGGGCCUGCCAAGCCGCCUGCUCGCCGACUCUGCAGGGCCCAGCCCUGCCUCAGCUGGUACAUCUCUUCCUGGAGGGAGUGCUCCGAGGCCUGUGGUGGAGGUGAACAGCAGCGUCUGGUGACCUGCCCAGAACCAGGCCUCUGUGAAGAGUUACUAAGACCCAACACCACUCGUCCCUGCAACACCCACCCCUGCACACAGUGGGUGGUGGGACCCUGGGGCCAGUGUUCAGCCCCCUGUGGUGGUGGUGUCCAGCGGCGCCUCGUCAAGUGUGUCAACACCCAGACAGGGCUGCCUGAGGAAGACAGUGACAAAUGUAGCCACGAGGCCUGGCCGGAGAGCUCCCGGCCAUGUGGUACUCAGGACUGCGAGCCUGCCGAGCUCCCACGGUGCGAGCGGGAUCGCCUGUCCUUUGGUUUCUGUGAGACGCUGCGCCUGCUUGGCCGCUGCCAGCUGCCCACUGUGCGCACCCAGUGCUGCCGCUCGUGUCCCCCACCCGGCCGCGGGGCUCCCUCCCGUGGCCAUCAGCGGGUCGCCCGCCGCUGA